AUGCCAUCUAAAGUACCAGGUCCAGCUGUCGACCUGCCAACCACCCAAACAGCCAUCAAGCAAGGCCCUGGAGGCGUGCUAGCUGUCUCCUCCAAUGUCCUCGUCCAGACGCCCGAGCCAGACAUGGUGCUGGUACGCACUGCUGCCGUGGGUCUCAACCCGACCGACUACAAGAUGGCAUCAAACUUCCCGGCGCCCGGUGCAACAGCGGGCUGUGACUUUGCUGGCACUAUAGUGCAGCUUGGUGAUGCCGUGACAGACUUACGCGUGGGAGACCGGGUUUGCGGUGUGGUCCACGGCUCGAACCCGCUUAGCAAGAAUACUGGUGCCUUUGCACAGUACGUGCGUGUUCCGGCAGCGAUGGUAAUCCGCAUUCCAUCUGGCGUUAGUUGGGCGCAAGCUGCAGCACUAGGCGCUGUGGGCCACGGAACUGUCGCCCAGGCCCUGUGGUCUUGUUUCAACCUGUCCGCUACUCCUGAAGAGCCUGCCGAGGACAGCUUCCCCGUUCUGGUCUAUGGCGGUAGCACCUCGACCGGAACAAUGGCAAUCCAACUCCUGCGGCUGUCUGGUUUGAAACCCAUUGCCGUGUGCUCAGCUCGCAACUUCGCGCUGGCACGAUCAUACGGUGCCGUGGCUGCUUUCGACUACACGUCGCCAACCUGUGGCAGCGACAUCAGGAACUAUACGGAAAACGCGCUAUGGUACGCCCUGGACUGCAUAUCGGAUGACCAGUCAGCUGCAGUGUGCUAUGCGGCGCUAGGACGAGCUGGCGGUAGAUAUGUGUGUCUAGAGCUACUAGCGGACGAGAUACUAGGACAGCGCAGGGCGGUGCAGGCGGAGUUUCUCAUGGGAUAUGACAUGAUGGGCAAACAAAUCGGAUUGUCACGCGGGUAUGAGCGCGAUGCAAACCCCGAACGCCAUGCUCUAGGCCGCCGCUGGUGUAGAACCAUGGAGCAGCUUCUGGCAGAGGAUAAGAUCAAGUUUCAUCCCAUUCGCGUACUGGAAGGCGGCUGGGAUGCAGUCCUAGCAGGUCUUGAUGAUCUGAAGGGAGGACGGGUCUCAGCAACCAAGCUGGUCGUCCCAUUGCCAUAA